AUGAGCAGUGGAAAUGGAGCAGGACGGUCCGGUAAGGCCCUGAGUAAGUACAAGAUUGUGUUUUUGGGGGAGCAAGGUGUUGGGAAGACGUCUUUGAUCACGCGGUUCAUGUACGAUACUUUCGACGACCACUACCAGGCGACUAUUGGGAUUGAUUUUUUGUCGAAAACCAUGUACCUCGAUGACCACACGAUUCGGUUCCAGUUGUGGGAUACGGCGGGGCAAGAACGGUUCCGGUCGUUGAUCCCGAGUUAUAUCAGGGACUCACGCGUUGCGAUCGUGGUUUACGAUAUAACGAAGAAGAAAUCGUUCGAGUACAUCGACAAGUGGGUCGAGGACGUCAAGAACGAGCGCAGCGCCGAUAACGUCAUCUUCUGCAUAGUAGGGAACAAAAGCGACCUCACGGACGAGAGACAGGUCUCUACGGAGGAAGGUGAACAGAAGACGAAAGUCCUCGGCGCCCAAAUAUUCAUGGAAACUUCCACCAAGGCAGGUUACAACGUCAAGAACCUGUUCAAGAAAAUCGCCAAAUCAUUGCCCGAGUUCCAGGAUACAGACACCAACACUUUGGACUCAAACUCUGGCAACCAGCAGGGCGGGUCAGCACAGGGUAACGGACCAGACAGCACAAAGGCAGGUGUCAUCGAUAUAUCCACGAACAACAACAAUGAGGAGCAAGGCGGGUGCCAGUGUUGA